AUGAGUCAAGCAGCAGUUCUAAUGAAACAAGGGAUUACGUUGUUUAAGCAGAUGGCUGCACAGAUUAGUCACGGUUACGCACAAGUUACGCAUACGAUGAAAACCAAUGUAGUAUUGCGUCCAGUAUACCGGUGGUGGGAACAAAGAUUUUGGCUUAAAGAAGAAUCUUGUUUUGUGAAUCGUGGUCGUGCACGAUUGUUCACAUAUUUGGCAUUAUUUUUACUGAUUCGGUCACAAAGUGCAAAAAAAGCGGCUGAAACUGAAAUUUUAAAAAAAGAAAGCAAAGAACAAAUAGUUGCGACAGCUCUGCGGCUUAGUGGAAAAUGA